GUUAGAGACGACGACGACGACGACGAGCAUCUAUCAAGCUUUAACAAUUUGCGAGAAGAACUUUACAAGAAAUCCGUGAUAUGGAGCGUUGGCAAGAUCGUGUGGCAGUCGUCACCGGGGCAAGCUCGGGCAUUGGUGCGGCCGUGGCCAAGGAUCUGGUGCGUGCCGGUUGCAUCACCGUGGGUCUGGCCCGCCGCGUUGAACGUAUUGAGGCGUUGCGUGACGAUUUGCCCGAGGAACAGCGGGAACGCCUCCAUGCGUUGAGCUGCGAUGUCGGCGAUGCGGAUUCGGUGAAGCAGGCUUUCGAUUGGAUCGAGACGGAGCUGGGAGGUGUGGAUAUAUUGGUGAAUAAUGCGGGCACCCUGCACACUGGCCAGUUGCUCACCUUGGAGCUGGAGAAGUUGCAGCAGGUGUUGCAAGUCAAUUUGAUGGGCUCGGUCUAUUGCACGCGUCGGGCCUUCAAGUCUAUGCAGGAGCGCGACGUGGCUGGUCAUGUUGUGCUAAUCAAUAGUCUCACGGGACAAACGGUCUUUAAUCCGCCCGGUGAUGUGGCGCAAAAUCUGAAUAUGUAUCCGCUCUCGAAGCAUGGCAUUACUGGGAUGCUCGAGAUUCUGCGGCAGGAGUUUCGCGACUUUAAGACGCAAAUCAAAGUGACGAGCAUCAGUCCCGGCGUUACAAGAACCGAGAUAUUGCCGGAUAACUUCAAUGCGUUGUACAUGUUGCAGCCGGAGGACAUUUCGAAUGGCAUUAUGUAUGCCCUGGCCACGCCCCCACAUGUGCAAGUGCAUCAACUAACCAUCAAGCCGGUGGGCGAGCCCUUCUAGGUGCAGUGUAUGCUACAAUUUAUUUAUUUUUUUUGCUCUGAUAUUUACAAUGUAUUUUCCAUAAUACUGCGAUUUGCGUUCUUUUACUUGUA